AUGGCUGCUCCACCAACCCAGUUGCUUCCUUUAGAACUCAUCGACAAGUGUGUCGGCUCAAAAAUAUGGGUCGUCAUGAAAGGUGACAAAGAGUUCAGCGGUACGCUCUUGGGGUUCGACGACUACGUCAACAUGGUUCUUGAGGACGUCACUGAAUUUGACUACUCCGGCAACCACACCAAACUUCCCAAGAUUCUCCUGAACGGAAACAACAUUUGCAUGGUAAAUAACGAUGCCCUUUGGUCCACUACUUAA